AUGGCUCUCGCGGCUGAUCUCAGUACGCUUACUGAUGCCUUGAUCACCUCAGUUGCUAAGGUUUCACCAGAGCAAAAAGGAUCAGCUCGCAUUCAGAGUUUGAAGCGCCGGAUUCAAGGAAGUCUCCGGACUGGUUCCCAUACGCGCACCGACCAAUUUGUAGUUGCCAAGCAACUCGAAGGACUGCAAGAAAAGUUCCAAGUCUUGAAUAGAGAUGAAUUGGCUGAAGCGCUUCAAAGCCGCCUUGUGGAGCUGGAGAGGCAUCGAAACCCCUGGUUCCCGGAGAUUCUAAGCUUGUUGCUGCAACUCUCAGAUCGUCCAGCUCUACUAUCCACAGUUGAACCCACCAAGCAAGGAGCCAAGGCGCCAGAAGCAAAUGAGUCACUCUUAUGGUCCGACCUGAAAGGCGAGGGAACUGCGUUCAGCGAUGAAGAAAUCUGGGAACAGGUUGACUUUGCUGGCGACUCUUCAGAUGAUGACUUUUCGUCUGUUGCCAGUGAUGUAUCCUUUCCAAAACGUAGGCCCCAGUCAUCCACUACCGUGGAAGAGGAUUACGUUGUCCCAAAUGAUGUCUUCUUUCUACGAGAGGAUGGGGAUAUUAUGACCUCUAUAGAGAAGGCCCAAUUUUGGAAGCCGAAAACCCCUUUUCCGACAUCCCAAGGAAUGGAAGACGCUUCACGACCUGUCACAGAAUCUCAACUCGCCAGAGAGACCAUUUUUAUGCUUCAAGGUCUUCCGACGUCAAUUUUCUGGCACAUGGACGAUGGAAUCAAGGUGGACUGCAGAUACACACUUGCACAUUCAUCAAAUGAAGCUCUAGCUUCACUCUUGCAGUGUUUCAGCGAGGUAGGCACCAAAAUCGACGCUUUACGGCGUUUCACCGAAACCACACAGACGAUUCCAUAUAUGCAAACAUUUUGCAGAGGAAUCGAACAACGUCUCCUUGAAUUUGACAAGCUUCUAUCUCAAAUUCAGUGCAAGUACCUCUCCGCUGGAUCUACUAUCAGUCUCCUCCAACUCCUUGCCGACGUUCGUCAUCACUCUCACGAGUUAGCGUCACUAUCAGAUAUGAUUGUUAAGCUAGGCAAAGGCUCAAUUGAUCAGCCUAUGCGCUGCCUUGAUCAUCUUUAUGAUUUGAUCUGCAUGCUCGAAGCGCUAGGCGAUGAGACCUCAUCCCGCAAUCUUGGAGAUCUAUUCUUUUUGUGUUUUAAGACAUACUCUCGGUCGAUCCGACUUUGGAUGGAGACAGGUCAGGUUGAUGCUUUGGACAGAACCUUCUUCGUGAAGACUGUUCGUGAGAAUGGGGACUUGAAAACCCUUUGGCAUGACUGGUUUGUGCUUGAUAUGGGCCAUAGGAGACAGAAGGUUCCACAAUUUUUAGAGACUAGCAUCCAGAGAGUCUUCAUCGCAGGCAAGAGUAUGGUCUUUCUACGCCAUCUCAAUGCAUUGCCAGAUACUAGCGCCCCCAAGUCAUAUGAAGACAUCUACCCCUCAAACUCUUCACUCCCACUUCCGUUCUCUGCACUAGUAGAGUCCGCUUUUGAAAAGCUUGUGGAUGUCGAUCAUUCCCUCAGUGCUGGUCUUUUACGAACAGAACUCGAGCAAUGCGGCUUGUGGAUGUCACUCGACGCUCUUCACCAUAUCUACCUCGGCAAGGAUAUGAGCGCCAUCAGCAUUAUUGACGCUAAGAUCUUCGAACUCAUCGAUCGGGGUCGUCCUUGGGAUAGAUUCUUACUCACUGAAACAGCAAGAACGGCAUUCAACUCCAUACCCGUCAUUGACACCUCAAAGCUUCUUGUUCGGCCAGCCAAACAAGGAUCUCAAACCCGAUCUGUGGAAAUAAUUGAAGCGAUUUCAACUGAUUAUGGGUUGCCGUGGCCUAUUGCGAACAUUAUCACAGAGGAUGCGAUCAACUCUUACCAACGGAUUUCUAUCUUUUUAAUGCAAAUCAGACGUGCAAAGUACGCCAUUGUCAAACAACGAAUUCGUGAUGCCCGCAUCGGCAUCAAUACAUCUGACGAUAGCAAUACUUUGGUGAACGCGCUCCACCAUAACAUGCUCUGGUUCCUCGAUUUCCUCUACGGCCACCUGACCUAUCUGGUGAUAUCCACUGCAACUCAGACUCUACACAAAGAUUUGUCCAAUGCCCAAGAUGUCGAUGCCAUGAUCGCCGCCCACCAGUUUUAUAUGUCUUCCUUAGAGGCCCAGUGCUUGCUAUCCAAAGAUCUGACCCAGGUCCACAAAACAAUUAUCAGCCUCCUAGAUCUCUGUGUCCAUUUCGCAGAUCUGCAAACCGCGCACUCGCUCGGCGAUGAACCUGAAAAAGACCCCGGAGAUGAAUUUGAUUCCGACGACGAUGAUUAUGAUAAUGACGAUAUAACCCACACACUCACGGUUUCAUUCCAUGACUCAACCUACAGCCAGCAGAUAAGAAAGGUCAAAUAUCACUUCGAUCACCUUACUACCCGUGUCACAGAUAGCCUGAAAGGGUUAGCUCGCGUAGAUGGGCUUCCUAGCUGGGAGAUUCUUGCUGACAGGCUUGAAUGGAGACAGAAUGAGCGAAAAUAA